GCGGCGCUGAAAACAUUCUCUCAAUUGCAUGUUAUUACGACUUCACAUGCAAUACAAAUACACCACACGACCGAACAAGUCGUCGUUUUUAUGUUGGUUACAGGCUGAAGACAGUGGAGAACAACGACACCUUUUUUAUUUCUUAAGAAUCAAGAGUCUAUCCAGUCUUAUUGAAAUAUUCUGGGCUUUAACCUCGUUGCGACUUGAACCGUUGAUACCCGCGUGGGACUACAGGUGCUUAACCUCCCUCCUGCCAGUUCUGCAUGGUCAUGACCUGUCGUCACGCCCCUUCCCCAGCCCACCUCGUCCUAUUGGUCCUGCUUUGUGUCACUCCACAGCUGGCUGGCGCCGCCCCUGUGCGGGCUGAGGGAGGCGAGGGAGGGGCGGCCGAGGGGCGCGCACGGACAGACCUCAGGGACGACAGCCUUGGCGGCGUGCUCUCGCUCCCACGCCUCCGCCUCUCGGAGGAGGGGGCGCCGGGGCGGGGGGAGCUCAGAGAUAACCCCCUGGACCCCGCGCUGCUGCUCAGCGCUCUGCUGGAGGUCCUGGACCGCCCUGGCGCCCGGGGGCUGCGGGAGAACGGGACGGGGGGAGACGGGGACGAUGGGGGGGCCCCGGAGGAUGUGGUGCAGGGGGCGGGGGGAGAGGAGGAGGAGGGGGAGCCCGGGGGGGACGCUGGGUGGCUGCUGGGGGACGUGGGGCUGGCCCUCGUAGGGAGUAGAGACGGGGGGCCGAACCCAGAGGAGCAGGGGGAGGGUGAUCCGUCGCUGGGGGAGGCAGACGACGCCAAGCUGCGUCGCAGAACCAGGGGCUACUUUCAAAACAUUGACUUGGGUCUCCAAGACAACGAGAUCCUGCCCCCGCUGAAGGGCUACAAGGCCUACAACACCCAGCUGGCCCGCGCCGGCAAGAAGCAGCACUGGCCCGAGGAGCAGGCCCGCAACCGGCCCGCCCAGGGGGGCAACUUCAUGGACGACUUCGACGCCGAGGGCGAGGAGCUGGAGGAGGAGGUGGAGAGGGAGGAGGAGAGCCUCUCCCGCCUUGAGGAGGAGGCCAGGGCCCGCGCCGAGAAGCAGGAGGUACUGAGGCAGCAGCAGGAGGCGGAGCGCGCCCGCGAGGAGGAGCAGCGGCUGGCCGACAUCGCCUCGGACAUGCUGCUGCAGUACAUGGGCCGCAAGACGCCGCCCUACAUGAAGCCGCGGCAGAAGAGCAGCGCCGCCGCCGCCGCCAGCAACACGGCCGAGGACAAGCGGUCCGAGGAGGUGGCCACCGACGACGAUGACGACGACGACAUGGACCAGCAGAUGAUCGACCGGCUGAUCGAGAUCAGCAGCAAGCUGCACCUGCCCGCCGACGACGUGGUGGAGAUCAUCAGCGACGUGGAGGAGAAGAAGAAGAAGAGGAAAGAGCUGCAGCAGCGGCCCGCCGACCUCCGCCCCGUCACCCAGCGGUUCAGGCCCCUGGUGCCCCCGCCUCUGGCCGCCCCGCCCAUGUACCACUACACGGCCUCCAGCAACCCCAAGAAGGCCGGCUACAAGUACAGGUCCGGCAAGAAGUGGCAGAAGGACAAGGUCAAGGCGUACAAGCAGGACUUUUGGUACAAGCCUCAGAAGCAGCGUGACUUCUGGUACAAACCGCAGAAACAGUUUUUGGCCUUCCCCUCCUAUCCCUACUACCAGAAGCCAUAUCGCGCCUACUACCCUGUGUAUUUCCCUUACCCUAAGCAACACUAUUACGGCAAAGCGUCCCCUUCCAUGGACCAGCAGUUAGGACCCCAGGAACUCGAACUCCCGACCCCCAGGCGCCGGUUCCGGUCGGGGGGGAAAGGUCGCGGGCAGGGCUGGAGGCAGCAGCAGUCCCCGCCCCAGAGCCCCAUCACCCCUUAUAUCUCCAAUUACAUCCUCCCCCACCCACGGACAUACCAGCCCUUACCUCCCCCCAAACCAAUGACUCCCGCCAGGAGAGGAAGGCGCCCCCACUACUUCUACCCCCAGGUGACCCCCCACGCAGACGACUAUGAGGAGGACGGACUGGUUCCUCAGCUGGACAGCGAGGAGGAGCUGGAGAACUUUAUCGAGAGGAUCUACAUGAAGCGCCGAAUGUACUGAGAGGUGUCUGGACCGCGGUCCAAGCAGAGCCCAACCCUCUGUGGGACAGAUAGAGCAGAUGAGAAGGGAAGGAAGAGGUUAAAAUAUUUAAAAAAGAAUCAAAGGAGAUGACGUGGAAAAGGGGAUGUGUACAUUUAAGCCCCAUGGGAAUGCGAGGGUUAGGAAGAAAAACGGUUUGCUUUUGUGUUGUUGAUUUCUUCUCCUGUCGUUUUGGUUGAUUUAGGGUCGGGGAUGGGGAAACAGGGGUUUCAGGAAGAGUUUCGCCCUGUGACCGUAUUCUGCCUCUGGAUCAGUUUACAUUCAAAAAACAGAACGUACCCCAGUGUAUGUCUGGCUCCAUUCAGGUCAAUCUCUGAUGUUCUUACGUUCUGUGUUUCAGAGUUCUUGGUGAGAAGGCACACACACACACACACAAACACGCACACACACACACACACACAGACACACACACAACCGCAAGCAUGCACCCACGCACGGCAUAUGCACGCA